AUGGCUGUAUUUGCGGAACUAUUACAGCUUUCAUCAUCCAUCAUUUUUGCAGCUUUACUCGUGAUUUCUUUAAUGACACUUAAUUUGUUGCGUACGAAGAACGUGAAAUACCCACCGAUUAUCAAAGGAUGGAUUCCUUGGCUCGGAUGUGCGAUCGAGUUUGGAAAAGCACCGCUGACUUUCAUCAAAGAAUCCAGCGAAAAGCAUGGCGAGGUCUUCACAUUUUAUGCAAUUGGUCAGCGAAUGACAUUUUUGACUGAUGUCCGAGAUUUCCAUUUAUUUUUUAACUCUCCUCAAGCAGACUUUCAGCGAGCCGUCGAAGAUGCAGUGAAGAACACGGCGGGAAUCAACAGGGUGGAUUUCUUUACUAAUCAUCGUAAAAUUCAUGAUUUAGUCAAAGGAAGGCUGUCCUCUUCUAACUUGAGCAAAUUAACUCCAAAAGUUGGUCGGAAACUAGAAGAAUAUGCAGCAAGUGGUAAGUUUGUGUUGAUCUUUAAUUUGUAGCUAUAAUUAUUAUUUACAGAGGACGAACCUACCGCUGCGAGGUGAAAUUUUCUGUGAUAUUGAUUACAGACCUACGGCUCAGCUGGUUAAUUAUGGGGCAGAUUGAUGCCAAUGACAACGAUCUGAUCUCCCAAUUCUAUGGAGCCAUCAAAAUGAAUUGGUUGAAAGAUUUAUCUUAAACGAAUUGACGUGCUACAAAUCGGGGCUUGAGGUCAUAGGUUAUGUACAUUAAAAAAAAACUCAGGUUCACACACUUUGUAGAAUCCAUGACCUGAGUAGCUAUUAGCGUGGAAAACUUUCCAUACUCAACACUUGAAAGGUUUAGAUGAGAUUUCCAUCAUGAAGCCUUGGAAAUAAGCCAAAUAACCAUAACCAUAUGAAUCACAGUUUCCACGGCAAAAAGCAUUUAGUGCACUAUAAAUGUGGCCACUAGUCACGGGUAGAAGUAAAACAUAUGAAAAGCUGUACUGGUAUGUCUAGAAGGAUGGGAAGUGUUCAAGUUUUUAACACCACUCAAAGAAACCUUUAGGGCAGUUGCAGUUUGAAUUCCCACCUUAUUGACAUACUCCUUCAGAGACGUGUUGACCUCAAUGGUUAGUGCUCUUGACUUUGGAUCAAAAGGUUAAAUCAGGUGCCAACUUAAACCAAAGUCACUUAUCAUGUUCAUCAGAUGGUGCCUUUUCCAUGUAGGAGUAUAAAUGUGUGCCAAUGAAUUGUCAGGGAAACCAAUGAAUAAAAAAAUGCUGGCUAUAGACUCCAGAUUGACCAACUUCCCACUCUGGAGAGAAACAGUGUCAAAAGGCUCCUUUCUACAACAUAGAAACAUGGCAUAAGUUGCUGCAGUGCAUGUGAGUAAGGAGACCAGAACUGGCUUCACUUUUAAACCUUGUCAAGUCUGUCAUUCCAGCACUAUCCCACUGAACACACAAUUUUCCUUAUUUUGCACUUUUCACUAAAGAACUGGAAAUUAUGAGGGGUGGCAAAUUUAUGCAGGUAGAGAAGAAGCAUAACUAGUUUAUACUCAAUUUUUCUUGCAUGACUCAUGCUUUAUGUUCUCAGCAGGUUAUUUCAGCACAAUAAAAGUCAAACCACUGACAGAUUGUUAAGAAUUAAAAUGGGGUGAUAACAAUAACAAUUUUCAAAUUAUGAGGUGCUGAAAUGGCACUGAAAAGUGUUUGACUUACAGGUGAGAUUCUCCUCCAUGGUAUUUGAAAGGGUACCAUAGAAUUAUCAGGGACACCUGACACAGGAGUGGGAAGUGAACUGCUCUGAACUUAGCAUACUCUAUAGAAGUUUCCUUGUUAUUGGAUGAUGCAUGCAGCCCUGGGAAUUAUUGUACUGAAAAGGCAUUUAAAAAAUAAAAACUAUCUGAAAGCCACAAGGCCAGAAAUACUAUACAGCCUUGUGAGAUCAGCUGAAAGUAGAAGGUGUUCAGUAAAUAAUUGCAAAAUUCAGUCAUGUUGCACAUGCAAGGCUAACUAUGGCUACAUGACAAGUCAGUGAGGGGGGGGGGGUAAAUGCUAUGUUUGUGAAACACUUUUAUUUUUAUGUAUUUAUGUUUUCCUCUACUCAUGUUCAUUCAUUUAAUUCUCCUAGCAAAAAUUACUGGCUCUGAAGUUGAUUUGAUGUGUUUGGCUCGUGACAUUGUGUUCAGUGCAGUUGUACCUGUCCUGUUUGGUGAGGGAAUUCUUCCUCAAACUCAUCAAGAAUUUAAACACUUUCAGAAACAAUUUGAUCAGUUUGAUAGUAAUUUUGAGCAUGGUGCCAAGCUACCAGAUUUUUUGUUAAAAGAAUGGGCAAAAUCAAAAUACUUUCUGUUGGAUGUGUUUGGCAAGGCACUGCAAAAGAAGACUUAUGCAAAUGUAGAGGACACAUUACUUCAAGCCAUGGUUGAAUCACUGGAAGGUGAUUGUGCACCAAAUUAUGCAACUCUAUUGCUCUGGGCAUCCCUUGCAAAUGCAGUGCCAAUCACAUUUUGGACUUUAGCUUUUGUACUGAGUGAUCAAGGCAUUAAAAAGGAUCUCCAACAGGAGGUUGAUCUUGUACUAGGGCCAUACAUUGACAGUGGUAAGUACACUAGACUCUUGUUGUCCCUGCCUGAAGUGUUACAAUACCUAUCUGAAUUCUUGACCCUUUCACUCCUGUAUCUUAUAAGUAAUUCUCCUUACUGUCUGCCAUACAGUCCUUAUUCUGUUAGUCCAGAGAAUUUGGUAUUGGAUCAACUAACAAUUGCCCAAAUGAUAUUUCUCUCUAUUCUUAUCACUUGCCUUCUUGACAUUGUAUUGAUUUUUGUAAGGAGAAACUCUGUCUUGGUCACUCCUGGGAGUGAAAAGGUUAAUGAGGUAAUACUGGCCUAGCUCACUAGAGAGUCUGUGGUUAAGUGGCAGAGCCUUGGAGGGCAGAGUCUCAAGGUCUAAGAACUCACCCAUUUGUAAGUUCAUUUAGCCACCUGAGACAGCAUAUCAUAGUCACAUCCUGCACAGUAUAUCCACAAGUUCACCAUAGGGUCACUUGAAUUUAUAUUUGUAUCCAGACUCUUGUAAUCAAAAAGCUGUAGCAGCUAGAUGAAUUCUUUCACUAACUGUUUUAACCCUUUCAUUCCCAAGAUCUUAGUAGUUAUUCUCCUUACUGUCAUCUAUUCAAUUCUUAUGAUGUUAGUUCAGAGAAUUUGGCAUUAGAUCAACUAAUAAUCCCCCAAUGGAUCUUUUUCUUUAUUCUCAUUACUUGUCAGCUUGAUAUUAUAUUGAUUUGUAAGAAGAAAUUCUCUCUUGGUCACUCAUGGGAGUUAAAGGAUUAACCCAGCUGUGUGCCCAUUGCACCCGAAGUUGCAUUUGUAUACUUGAGAACAACACUUGCUGUUGAAUAUUCUUUAUUAAGACGAAGGACGAUAAUUCCUUGAAUACAAAGAGGGUAGCUGUAAAAUUAUCACUAAUCUCUGUUUGAAACUCAACAGAGCUAACAACAACAAACAACAACACUCUUUAUUUAAAGAAAUAUAUGGUUUACAAAACGUCAUGUCCUGCAAAUAGCUACAAUGCUAAUCUAGAGCUCUGUGAUCCAACUCGUUCAUGUCUUGCAGGGUCGUUGGCGAAACUUUCUCUGGAAGAAGUUAAGAAAUUGCGCAAGGUGGAGCACUGUAUUUUGGAAGCCAUUCGCCUGCGUCCAGCAGGAAUGAUUGCUCGCAAACUUACAGGACCCAUGCAAGUUCGUGAAUUUACAAUUCCAGCAGGUGAUACGCUUAUGAUUUCACCUUAUUGGGCGCAUCAAAACGAAGCCAUCUAUCCUGAUGCAAGAUCCUACGUUCCAGAACGCUGGAAUCAGACUGUAGACUCAGAUAAAUCGGCCCCCUCUGACAAAUUCUUUGCGUUUGGCGGCGGUCGCUUUCAGUGUCCAGGUCGUCGGUUUGCCAUGAUGGAAAUACAAAUGUUUAUAUCUCUUCUUCUUUGUAGUUUUGACCUAGAGUUAGUGAAGGAAGAGGUUCCUUUGCCGUCUCCGCGACAUGUCGUGGGCGUUCCGCACCCUUUAUCGCCAUGUUACGUGAAGAUGCACAAGAGAGUUAGAACUGUUUGA